AUAAUCAUAAUUUUGUUUUCCAUAUAAUUGUGUUUGAUAAACGUACUUAAUUACUUAUCAGUUAUCACUAUAAAUACUGUUAACUCAUUAUUAAUGUAAUUGUAAUAGAAUCGACAAUAUCUCUCUCUCUCUCUUCUCUCUCAAUUCAAAACUAUGGAGAUCAACGGCGAUCAACCGCCGCUGAUCUGGCCGCAAUUUGAAUCUACUGGCUAUACUCGCCGGCGAUCACCGGUUCCGACGAUGUUAGUUCCUGCGAUGAUCGGAGUGAUCUCAGCGGCUAUGUUUCUUCUCUUUACGACCUUCGUCGUCCCUCCGUUUAUCUCCGUCACAUCUCAGAUUCUUCAGCCAGCUUCGGUGAAGAGAGGAUGGGACUCCAUCAACGUGGUUGUAGUACUUUUCGCGACCAUCUGCGGCGUACUCGCCAGACGAAACGACGACGUAUCGCCUUCUUCGUAUUCACACAGCGAAGAAGAAGAACAAGGAGGAGCUGUGAUAGGUGAUGACGUGUACGACGCUGAUAGGCUCAAGAUCUACGAGAGCUUGAGUAGGUUACCGGUUACCGGAGGUUUACCGUUGAGGCGUAGUAGCAGCUCGUAUCCUGAUCUGAGGAAUGGAGUUUUCAGGGAAACCGCUGAUCGCCGGUUCCGGUUCUACGACGAUCUUGGAAUCGACAAGUACCGAUGGGAAUCAACGGUGGUGAUUGACGAACAGUUUCGGAGUGUUUCUAAAACUGAAAUCGAAGAAUCUGAGCCUAAGGAAGUAACGGUUGAUAAGUUCGUUGUAAGACCGUCUUCUCCUCCGCCACUUCGAAGGACUCAUCGUUCUGUUAGAAACAGAGAUAUGAAAGAAAGGUCGAAACGCAGUGACAUUAAUUCUGAUUCCACCAGAUUUAAACGAACGCUUCGACCACCGCCGCCACCCCCUCCGCCGCCACCGCCUCCUCCGCCGCUGAGGAAGCAGGGGACUCUUCAGAGAAGAAAGAGCAAUGCGGCGAAAGAGAUUAAAAUGGUGUUCGCUUCUUUGUAUAAUCAAGGAAAGAGGAAGAAACUUCAGAAACUAAAGAGAAGAGAAAAAAGAGAAUCGCCGGCGGCGGUGGAGAUGGAACCACCGCAAUACAGAUCGACAUUUCAACCACCGUCUCUGCCGCCACCUCCACCGCCUCCUCCGCCUCCGCGUUCGUCGCAGUCAGUGUUCUACGGAUUGUUUAAAAAGGGAGUUAAGAGCAAAAAGAUCCACUCCAUUCCGGCGCCGCCUCCACCUCCUCCGCCGAGGAAGAUUCAGUUGGAUCCUCAGACACCAUCACGGAGAGUUAACUACGGUAGACCUCCGCGUCAACCAAAGCAGGCAAAUUUAAACGAAGAGAGCUACCAAGAACCGCCGUUAACUCAAACCACACCACCUCCGCCUCCACCGCCUCCGUUUAGGGUUCCGCCGCUGAAGUUCGUGGUGAGUGGUGAUUUUGCGAAGAUACGGAGCAAUCAGAGCUCUAGAUGCAACUCCCCUGACCGAGAAGUGAUCGACCUAGGUUGGGGUCUAGAACUCACACAAUCUGAUGGCGGGGAGGACAACAACGUCGCCGUGAAUGGUGGCGGCGGCGGGACGGGGUUCUUCUGUCCAAGCCCGGACGUUAACACGAAAGCGGACAACUUCAUCGCCAGGCUCAGAGACGAGUGGAGGCUCGAUAAGGUCAACUCCGUCAAGAGGAGAAGAAGCAUGAGUUCUGUCUAGGGUUCCAUAUAAGGCAUACUUUGCAAAUUAAAGGUUUCGUGGCAUGCAAGUAACGCAUAAAGCACGGUCGUACAACAUCUUCAAGCAAGCAAGUGGGUAAACACUUGUUGUCGGAGAUGGUUUAUAUGUAUUGGAGAAUUCGUUGUGACUCUAAUCACUCGAAUUUGAAGUUACCGGUAAUAUUGGUAUUACCGGUAAAGUAAAUCGGCUAGAACCGGCUGAUAUUUUUUAAGUUAAACCGGUUGUGUGACUUUUGUUUGGUUUGAGUUCCCCGAUAUAAAGUUGAUUAUAAAUUGGUGGUGUUCGACAUGUUUGUAGUUGGUAUUGAUGAAUGUAUGGCCCGUGAGAUGGAAGUACAGUUGUGGGCUCUUAUUUUUCUUUUUUUUGCAAAGAUUGUUUUGACAAACAGAUACAUGCAUUUUGGUUUUUAGAUAUCUUUUA